GUUACGUUUCCAUGGUCACCCUUACCAAAGGCAUUAAAUAACGGUGCUGGAAAUAACACGUCUGCAGUUAAAAUAAUAAUUUGUAUCACGUACUGAAUUUCUUCAUCCUGAAACUCCCACUCAUUUUACCACUCCCAUUUUCCACGGGAAAGAAAAGGACCGUUUGUUUAACGGGAGCUGUCACUUCAGCACCACGUUGCCAAUUCAUUUGAAUUAGAAGGUCUUGCCAAAGCUUCCUUAAGCACGUGUAUUGUGCCACUGGAUGACUAUUAGGCAGUCUAAGGUUUCUCUUCCCUACCUGUUUGAAACUCAGCAUGACAGGCAAGAGCUUGGAAGUAUUGAGCGAAAUCUGUUAUGAAGACAAUGAACCAGUCAGUAUCAAUGUAGGUGGUUUUAAAAGAAAAUUGCCUUCCAAUACCUUACUGAGAUUUCCAGAUACCCGACUUGGCAGACUGCUAAGCUGCCAGUCUAAGGAGUCCAUACUGGAACUGUGUGAUGAUUAUGACGACACGAAAAAGGAGUUCUACUUUGACAGAAAUCCCGAUCUUUUCCCCUAUGUCCUUAAUUUCUACAACACGGGUAAACUUCACGUGAUGGGGCAAUUGUGCGUGUUUUCCUUUAGCCAGGAAAUUGAAUACUGGGGGAUAAAUGAAUUUUUCAUCGACUCAUGUUGCAGUUAUAGCUAUCAUGGUAGAAAAAUGGAGCCCCACCAGGAUAACAUGGAAGAGAAAAGUGAAGAGGGUAGUACGUCAUCAUCUUUCGAUGACAUAUUAGCGUUUUACCGUGAUGCAUCAGAGUUUGAAAAACAGCCACUUGGAAUAUAUAGAAGGAAAGUUUGGCUUAUGUUGGAUAAUCCUGGUUAUUCUGUCCCUAGUAGAAUAUUCAGUGCCAUUUCUAUUCUUGUGGUACUUGGUUCGAUAGCAACUAUGUGCAUGAACAGUAUGCCAGAUUACCAAAUUAUAACUAAGGGUGGAAUAUCAGAGGAAGACACAAGAUUUGAAAUAGUAGAACACUUUGGAAUAGCUUGGUUCACGUUUGAGCUGCUAACUAGAUUUGCAGUGUCUCCUAGACCAGUUUACUUUUUCAAACAUGCACUUAAUAUCAUUGAUCUUACGUCGAUUUUGCCUUUUUACUUAACACUGGUUAUCAAUCUAGUGGUUGAAAGCAGUCCGGCUUUGGCAAACCUUGGGAGAGUAGCGCAGGUUCUCAGACUUAUGAGAAUAUUCCGCAUUUUGAAACUUGCUAGACAUUCAACUGGACUUAGAUCUCUCGGAGCCACUUUAAAACAUAGCUACAGAGAAGUUGGGCUUCUUUUGCUUUAUCUCUCUGUUGGGAUAUCGGUGUUUUCGGUGGUGGCUUACACCAUAGAAAAAGAAGACAAUGACGAUUUGACCACUAUUCCCGCCUGCUGGUGGUGGGCUACCGUCAGCAUGACUACUGUUGGUUAUGGGGAUGUCGUGCCCUGGACAAUAGCCGGCAAACUGACAGCAUCUGCUUGCAUUCUUGCUGGAAUACUCGUGGUGGUGCUCCCUAUAACCCUCAUCUUUAAUAAAUUUUCACUUUUCUACAAAAGACAAAAACAGUUGGAAAGUGCCAUGAGGAGUUGUGACUUUGGUGAAGAAAUGAAGGAGAUGCCCUCUGUCAAUCUGAGAAAUUACUAUGCUUAUAAAGUUAAGUCAUUGAUGGCAAGCCUUACAAACAUGAGCGGCAGCACACACAGUGAGCAAAGCCUGAAUUCUUUAGAUCAUUUAUAGCUUCAGCGAUACCAGGUUAAGGUGAACAGAAUUCUUUGUUUAAAACGUGUCCCAGCCAGGACCCAAUGGGCUGAACAUUCAGACGACCUCUAUACGUGAGCAGACAAUAUCGACCUCCUUACUGGUAGCCUGGCAUAAACUACAGCCGCUGCAACUGCAGGAUUCCUUGCAUAACCACACUGCUUAAAACACAAAUGUCAGUUAACAUGUGGCACUCUGACCCUUAAACUAUAGAUAUUUCAUAAGAGAGCUACAUAUGUCAACGCAGCGCUAGUAGUCAGAUGAAAAUAUAGGUAAAGGACAAUUAACAGGAAGAUGAAAUCUAUUAUAUUUAGUGUACUUGAACUGUUAAAUGUCCGUAGCUCCGAUGUUAUUAAAGUCGUGCCAUGUUGUUUGUUCCAUAUAAUCAAAUUAAUUGUCCCUUUACAAAUAGCUGUGCCAAAGCAGGCAAACUGGAAAUAAUACACAUUCUAAGAAGUGAUAAGUUAUAACUUGUCAUUUCUUUAAUGUUUUCAUUUUUUUAGUACUCAAAUAUCUUGAGUCUGUAGUAUAGUGAAUGCUGCUCAUGACCGUUUUCAGUUUGGAGACAGUUGUCACUAAUGUCCAGAAAUUAUGUCACCAUCUUAACAAGAAAAAUGCUAUACUGUAACCCAAAGUUUAAGCUACAAAAUGGACCAACAUAUAUUUGUUUACAGAAAAAAACAAGCAUCAAGAAAGCACUCUUGAAACCUGCAAUGUUUCUCGUUGGGUUAAUGAGUAUAGGGAAAUAUAUGGAUAUGGUAAUUUAUCAACUUCUAUUUCUCUUUUUAUUAUAAAUAAAAGUGACGUGAUAUGCAUUGCUAUAAAUACUUAAAGGUCGUGUAAUUGUCAUUCCAGCUCUGGGCAUAUACUUCUUUCCCACUCAUCAUGAUUUAUUUUACAGUUUAGUGAUGCUUUGUAAUGGUAAUAUCUGUAGUGAGUGGAGCUUAAUUUACAAAUAAUUAGGAGGCGAAAUUACAAUCCUGAAGUUUGUUAAGAAAUGGAAUUGCCAUCCUCAGGAAAAGAAACUUUCCUCUUGAGCUCAGAAAAUAUUUAGAGGAUGCUUUUGCCAAAUUUAGCCCCUGCCAGUGACAGAAAUGGCAACAUCUGGAUAGUGAAAUUAAUUAUGUAGUUUAUAGGCACAUUCACAUAUCUAUGCAAUAAGCUCAACUGUAGCUCAUUAAAGUCUUCCCAGCUAACAGGCAUCGGGACACAAUAGACACAAUGUACUCAAAGUCAGUCUGUUAAGAUCUAUACAAACAGAUGAAUGCUUUGUCAUAUAUGAAACUGCAUAAUAUAUGUAGAAAGAUGACAAAAUUGUAAUUGGAGUCUGUAACUUAUUUGGUUUACCUAGUUUUUAGGAGAACAGGACUGGGAAAUAUAGUACAUUUUUGAUUGUUUUAUUCGUGCUGCAUUUUAAUUGUAAAACACUAUACAUUAUAGAAGUAAAUCAAUGCCACCAUUCAAGGGAGUAGUACAAACAGCAACUGCCCAUGUCUGGUAUUAAAAUCAGCACACAGGCUUGCACGAAACAGAAUACUAAAAGAAGAUGUGUGUGUGUGUGUGUGUGUGUGUGUGUGUGUGUGUGUGUGUGUGUGUGUGUGUGUGUGUG